CCACAACACGCAAGGGAAGAAGAUGGGUAAAGUUCCACUGGCAGCACGCUGCACAACACGUGAAAUCCGACUCCACCGACCGAGGCCAACCUCGCCGCCACGGAACUCACAUGAACGCCGGACGACGACCUCCUGUGGCUUACUAUUCUGGGAAGGCUUGCUUCUAGGACGAUCCCAAAGUCAAGUGCAGCGCAUCGGAUCUCGAUCAUGCUGCACGCUAGUUCCACUAGAGCGCUGAAACAACACAGGACCAUGGCGGUUUCAUCAUGUGUCCGGUUCCCCGACAUUUUGUCUGCCUUAGCCAAGGAAACUGGCCCCCAUCGAGCAUACCGAGCUGCAUUCUGUGCAGUGGCUUCCUAUCUCGUUCUGUCGCAUGACAUAGACAUUUGAAACCGGGGAAGAGAAACAAUGGUGCUCCGACUCGCCCUCCUUCUCUGUGCCCUCAGAGUCGUGUCCGCCGCUCUUGGGCCCAUCGACACGUCUGCUCCGUCGAUCCCUGGUGGUAAGGUGCAGAACGCUGCACCGCCGGGACCGUUCUUCCAAGAUUUCAAACCUCCGUUCCCCACGACGAACUGGUGGAUAGGGUAUGCUGCCUAUCCCAACCAGAACAGUGUGGUAGCUGGCCCCUUCCCGUACAUGUCAGCCGCACUCGACACCGGCUUCCAAUUUGGUCUAUCAAACACGCGAACCUUCGAUGGGACAUCGAUCAUCCAGACGACGAAUCUCGACUGGCUAGUGUCGUACGCCCAGAACCCCAACUCGCACACGAGUCACAAGGCGACAGCCUGGGAUACUCAAAGUGUGACCAUCAAAUAUUUCUCCGGGUCCGGCGCUGGCUUCACGACAUAUGUGGUCCCCGGAUCUCCGUACUUGACGUUCAACUACAACGCUUCGACGGUUUUGCUCACGAGCACCAAUGGUAACAUCGCUUCUAUCAAUGGGAUCUCAGUCGGGACUUCUCCCGUCACCGUCUCUGGCACCAAGUUCACCGUUAUCAACAAUGCCGGCACAUACGUGAUCUACUCGCUCGGAGGACCCAUCUCAUUCAGCGUCACCGCGAAUGCGCUGACGGGCACGUCCCUGUUCUCGGGCGUCAUCCGAAUCGCUCGCGUGGUCAGUCCGACCACCAGUGUCGAUGUCCUCGAUCAAUAUUCCUCCGCUUAUCCGACUGGUGUUGGCCUCGACUACACAUUCUCUGGAGACAACGCCACUCUGAGCUUCACCUGGAACGUGGUCGGCAAUGCCUCCUCGUUCAUCCAUCUGUCCUGGCCGCAUCACAGAAAAGCGCUGAUCAGCCCCACGUACAUCGCAGGGCUGACGUAUCUCUCCACAAAAGGCUACAUGAAACCUGUGCGGGGGAAUGUGUGGCGCUUGUCGUACGCCCUCCCGACGAUCACGUGGCAAGCACCGCGGGUGCCGCAGAACUCGUGUCUGUCGCAGCUCGAGCAGGCGCUGGAAUACGAGGUCGCGCACGCGACCGUUGCUGUGCCGUCGGAUUUCUAUUUCUGGGGAAAGGCGGUUCAGUCUUUGGCGAGAUUGGCAUUGAUCGCUGACCAUAUUGGACGCACGGAUCUCAUCCAGCCGGUGAUCAGCGUCUUGAAGCAGAGCUACUCUCAAUGGCUCACUCCCGGGACAUCGAAUGUCUGUUAUGCUGCUUACGACACCGUCUGGGGCGGGGUUGUCGACGGUCCAGGCGCGACGAAUCCCAACAUCGAUUACGGGAACGGCUAUUACAACGACCAUCAUUUCCACUACGGCUACUUCAUCUAUGCCGCUUCGGUCAUCGGACGCUAUGACUCUACCUGGUGGGCGGCCAACCGGGCCCUCGUCACCCAUUUCGUGCGCGACAUCGGAAAUCCCUCGGCACAGGACCCGUACUACACCGUCGCGAGAUGCAAAGACUGGUUCGCCGGGCAUUCUUGGGGUGCGAAUCUACCUGCACGUCAAUGGGCUGCUUGUGCUGAGCAAUUCACAGCGUCUGGAAUCGCCAACGGAGCUGGGUCCCGUGACCAGGAAUCCUCGGGAGAGGCGGUCAACGGGUACUACAGUCUCAUUCUAUAUGCGGAUCUCGUGGGAAAGCAGGAUCUCAAGAACUGGGCGCGACUGUUGUGGGCGACGGAGGUCGCCGCUGUGCAAUCCUACUGGCAUCUGUAUCCAACAUCGAACGAUCCAGACACGCCAUACCCAGAAGCUGGCCUCCGGAGCUUAACGACGAUCGGAAAUGUGAUGGAUUACCAAGCCGGAGCCUGGCUCUUCUGGGGCGCCCAACGAUCCGAGAUUGCUGCGAUCCAGAUGCUGCCGGUCACCCCGAUCAACGAGGGGCUUUACGAUGUGCCAUGGUUAACGGGCGCUUGGAGCUACGUCAGCGGGGAGAUGGUCGACCCUGCGGUCGGAGACGACUGGAAGUCGAUCAUCUACAUGGCUUACGGUGAAGUCAGCCCCCAGACGGCGUUCGCUCGGUCGACCAACAUCACUGCUUGGGGCGGCACGACUUCCCAGGCCGGGCUUUUGUACCACCUCGCCACGCGCAAAAACCCGACCGGUGCCAACAUCUGCACCGCUUCUGGCGGCAACCCGACUGGCGUCUUCACCAUCAAAGGACCGAACGGCAAAUUCGUGACGUCCACUGGUGCUGUUACCCAGCUUAUUGCGAACGCAGCCGCGAAUGGCACUCGGUUCCAAUUCGACUACAUGCCCGGGGGAGGCUCGAUGCUCAACCUCGGGACCGGAAUGUAUGUGACUGCUGACCAGAACGGGGCUGCUCCGCUCAGCAGCGCCCGGACGGUCGCUCAGGCCUGGGAGAAUUUCAGAAUUACGAAACAAGCUAAUGGGACCUAUACGAUGCUGGCGGGCGUGAAUUCGGAGUAUAUCGUCUUGGACUCGACUGGAGCGCUGGUGAACGCUGGGAAUAAUUCGGCGAAUGCCGCCAUGUUCUCCCUCGUCCCCAGUUGAAAAUCCCAAAUAUUGUAGCCUUAUCUGUACAUUUGCUUGUAUCAUACACCCAGGUAUACUCAAAUUUUACUUACGUGACACCGAGUAAGCGGACGGUCGAACGGCCGACGCACGUUCCACGGCCCGGUGCAGCGCUGGUAGCCCGGUCCGCGCCCCGGUCCGGUGCGUGGUUGGAUGUCAUUCGAGUUCUCGAGCGCGCCUUCGUGUCAUCCACGCUCUUCCACAGACCACUGGGCGAGGCCAACGCCCUUCUCUCUUUUCUCCCUCACCCGAGUGCGCAGAGCGGCGACACCGUCCGGCAUCACCCUCGGAAGUUCCAUCUGCCCCAGGCUCGGUGCCCGACCUUAGCCGUCUAAAUAGGUCUUGCAUCAUCGCCCGCUCCCCCUGAAGAACAAAACUCCGCCCUCGCGUUUUUCAACUCUCUUUCCCAUACACUCCUCCCUCUCCGCAGGCGCAAUGAGUCGUUUCUUGCGUCCUCUUUUCACCCUGCGGGCGCUCGGGAUAGCGUCGGCCGGGACAGUCCUCGCGUCCGGCGCAGGCGUGUACUGGCUCAACUCCGGGCCAGCCUACCCGCAGUCGACGAAGGAGACGCGGCGGCCUCCGCCGCCGUGGACGCCCCCGCCGCGCGAGCAGAUGCUCAAGCAGCUGAAAGCGUCCGGGCUCAUCAAGACCACGGGCCUCGCGGACGAGGAGUUCGACCUGCUCGUUGUUGGUGGUGGGGCCACGGGCGCGGGUGUCGCGGUUGAUGCGGCGAGCCGUGGGCUCAAAGUUGCUCUGGUCGAGCGGGAUGAUUUUAGUGCUGGAACCUCGUCCAAGUCGACGAAGCUGGUGCACGGUGGUGUGCGAUAUCUGCAGAAGGCCGUCUUCGAGCUCGACUAUGAGCAGUACAAACUUGUGAAGGAGGCGCUCUACGAGCGUCGCAUAUUCUUGCAAACGGCUCCCUACCUUUCUCAAAUGCUUCCGAUUAUGCUUCCUCUUUACAAGUACUGGCAAGUUCCCUAUUAUUUUGCUGGGUGCAAAAUGUACGAUAUUCUGGCUGGGAAGGAGAACAUGGAGUCCUCGUACCUGAUGAGCAAGGGCAAGGCGCUCGAGGCCUUCCCAAUGCUCAAGAGCGACGGAUUGGUUGGCGCGGUGGUUUACUACGACGGACAACACAACGAUUCCCGGAUGAACAUGGCCCUCAUCAUGACGGCUGUAAAGGAGGGAGCCACGGUCGCCAACUAUUGCGAGGUGACGGAACUGCACAAGGACACGGCUGGCAAACUCAACGGUGCCCAAGUCCGCGACAACCUGACCGGCGAGAGCUUUGCUGUCCGCGCCAAGGGUGUCAUUAACGCCACGGGGCCGUUCUCGGACGCACUGCUUACUUUGGACAACCCCGCCCACAAGCCGAUCGUCCAGCCGUCCUCGGGUAUCCACUUGACGCUGCCCAACUACUACUCGCCGCGCAAGAUGGGUUUGCUCGACCCGGCUACCUCCGACGGUCGUGUGAUCUUCUUCCUUCCCUGGCAAGGCAACACCAUCGCUGGAACCACGGAUGCCGCUGCGCCCGUCGAGCGCGAGCCCCGGGCCAAGGAGGAUGAAAUCCAAUGGGUGCUCAGCGAGGUCCGCCGUUAUCUGUCCCCAGAUGUCAAGGUCCGCCGAGGCGAUGUGCUCAGCGCAUGGAGCGGUCUCCGGCCGCUUGUCCGGAACCCGAAUGCGUCUGGCACUGAAGGUCUCGUCCGCAACCACAUGAUCUAUGUAUCCGACAGUGGGCUUUUGACCAUUGCCGGAGGAAAGUGGACGACAUACCGUGCCAUGGCUGAGGAGACUGUCGACGAGGCCGUCAAGGUCUUUGCGCUCAAGCCCAAAACCGGCUGUGUUACUCAUAACCUUCGGUUGGUUGGCAGCGACGGCUGGAACCGGAAUAUGUUCAUUGGAUUGAUCCAGACGUAUGGAAUUGAGACUGAUGUUGCUAAACACUUGUCGGACAACUAUGGUGACCGGGCAUGGACUGUCUGCGAUCUUGCCGAACCGACUGGUGCCAGUUGGCCCCUGCACGGCAAAAGGAUCGCUGCCUCGUAUCCCUUCAUUGAGGCCGAAAUCCGAUAUGCCAUUCGUCACGAAUACGCCGUCAGCCCGAUCGACGUGCUCGCUCGCCGGACCCGUCUGUCGUUCCUGAACGCGUACUCUGCAUUGGACGCUCUCCCUCGUGUCGCUGACAUCAUGGCCCAAGAGCUGGGCUGGUCGCGUGCCGAGAAAGCCCGUCAAAUCGAGCGGACGAUCUCUUUCCUGGCAAGCAUGGGCAUCGAGCUGCCUGUGGUGCCUCCCUCUGCAUCAUCCUCUUGGGUCCCUGAGCAGUUGCGCGAUGUCGGGCGCGGGCUCGGACUCCUUGCGACGACGACGCCCAUCCGUGUGUACAGCCGGGCCAAAUUCGACGGCGCGGAGCUGGCCACGCUCAAGGCUGCGUUCGCGAAGCAGGCCAAGGAGGACGUUUCUGGCGAGGCCCGUCUUGACAAGGCUGCGCUGCGCAGCGUUCUGCAGCAGGUUCCUGGUUACGAGGCCAUCACGCCCAAAGAAUACGAGUAUGUCAUCGAGGAGACUGGCUUCCAAGUGCAGCAGAAUUUGGCGCUGGAUGAGUUCCUUGAGAUCUGCGGCAACAUCAAGGAAGUGACACUGACACCCUCAGUCAAGCGUUCUGGCGUUGCCGUUGAAAAGAGCGGUGGAGGAGUCUGAGUUGAUCCAUAAAUCGACUGUUGCCUGUAAUAUCUGUGACUGAAUCUCAUGUCGGAUAUUUAUGCACGCUGUACAUGUAAUGGCUUUCAAGGUACAUAGUAAUGAUCAUUUCGCUUGUAUCCAGAGAUG